CAAAAAUAUGAAAGAAAGAAAUUUUUAAUUGAUACAAAGAUUAGUAACAUAUGAUUUAAAAGAUGCGUAGCAAAUCAAUAAAAUUUAGAAUUUAUUAACUAUAAUUACUAACAUGAACUUAUUAAAUUGUUUCAAAUAAUAUUGGUGAAGAUUUUAUCAAUGAAUCCGUAGAAAUCGUUUAAAAAAGUUUUCAGUUUUCUCGUAUUAGCUCCUUGUAUCUUAUUAACUUAGUUAUAAGACAUACAUAUAUUAUUUUAUCUUUUAUAAUGUAAUACAAACUUCUAGCAUAGUAAAAAAUUUUGACGUAAUUACAACAUGAAUGAGUCUUUAUUCUAAGCGGAAAAGCAGAAAGUAAAAAAAUGCUUCUCUAAAAUAACUCAGAACUUGGUACUGUACAAUUAUGAAUUUUAAAGAUCAAUUUCUACCGACGAAAUUUGAAUAAUAUAUAAUAAUAAAAUUUGAAUAUCACAGGAUAAAAUAAAUACUUCCUGACAACACAAACUAAACUUGAAACUUGAAAUUCCUUUGCACACGUACGAUCGGUGAUUUUUAGAUACCGAAUUUGCCCGCAUUGUUGACUGUUUCUAAGGAGACAAGGCAUCUAACCAAGGUGUCGAUAACCACACGUCUGUUCCACACGCAAGUCACACGAAGUAGUACAUACUUACCUUGCAUUCUAAGCUAUUUUCGUGAAUGAAACGCGCUUAGUGAAUUCGUUCUGUCGGUUUUCAUUUACUAUUUACAAAAAAGAGACCGAAAAUCGUCACAGUGAUAUUUUUAAAUAUUUUCUUAACAUAAAAUAUUUUUUACACAAAAACAAAUAUAAAUUACACAAAGAAAAAGUAUCAAAAAGCGAUUUUUCUUUCUUCUCGUAUUCGUUAUUAUAAUCUUCCUUUUAUUCCCAACAUUAUUUCAUCUUUAAAAAAGAAGGAAAUUAGUCCAAGAUCAAACGUAAAAAAAGAAUAGCCAACGAUGGGUGAAGUACUUGUAUCAGAAACUACGAAUACCCAAGACGAUAUUGAUUCGAAGAUUAUGGGUAUACUGAAUCCAACGAUACAUCACCAUGAUCUAUUGCAAAGCUACGUGCGAGUGGCCGCAGAAAGCGUUUCAAAUUUGAAACAAUUCGAAGAAUCGGAAAAUUUCGAUAAGGUUCCAUCUUUGGGAACCUGUCCCGACAAAGAGUUCAUCGAUAAUGACGAUAAAGAAAGCCACAUUAAUGGUGAUAAAAAAGAUAGGAAAAAUAAUAAAAAGCAACGGGAGAGUAAAUCCAAUAAACUGUCAGUCGAAUCGGAAAUGAACAUUCAAAAGAAAAAGAAAUGA